AGAGAGAGAGAGAGAGAGAGAGAGAGAGAGACAGAGAGAUGGUGCAUAUGCCGAGCCCAAACCCAAACCACUGUGCGCGGUGAUGUUCCGGCGAGGUCGGCUCGAUAUGAGAGAGAAGUCGGCGAUGGAUGGCGCUUCGGAGGAGCUUGAGCGGCGGAGCCGCCACCUCAGCUCCCUCAUAGAAAGGACAAAGCUCAAGGGGGACGCCACUCGGGGGAAGGAGGAGAAGAAGGAGCUGGAGAAGGGAAGGGAUGAUUGCGGUGAUGGAGGGAGGGUUGAAGAUGAUCUAAAGGAUAUGGAGAAUAUUCGGGUUAGGGCCGCUGAUAUGCCGCGGGAGCUGCAGCGGCGUGCGUUUCGCUGUGCACGGGAGACCCUCAGCGGUAUGCCCAAGCUCGAUAGCAAGCGCCUCGCACUUGUGCUAAAGAAGGAAUUUGAUUCUACCCACGGUCCAGCUUGGCAUUGCAUUGUGGGCACAAGCUUUGGCUCUUAUGUGACGCAUUCAUUGGGCGGUUUCUUGUACUUUUCAAUCGAAAAGGUUUACAUUCUUCUCUUCCGAACGGCCGUCGAACCGUUAGAUCAUCGACAGCCAUGAGCGCGGCGCGGCGAACUCAUAAGCUUGCAAGCUAUAUAUAUCUCUUCCUCUAUGAUUAUAUUGUUCCUUAAUGGCUACAUCAUCAUCUAAAAUGAAACCAAACUUUAGGAGCUAUUUGUUAGCUUUAUCUUUCUCUUUGCACAAAAACGUUACUUUUGUUACCUUAAUUGUUCCUGUAAUGUCUACAGGCCACAGCAUCAGAGCGGCUUUUUUUGGAAGAUUUACAUACAUACCACUCAAUUCUUAUCUAUUUAUAUAUGCA